AUGGCAGACAACUCCCGCCCAUCCCAUGUCAUAGCCCACCCGUCCCAGCACACGCAGCAGUUGAGGCCCGCCUGUCCUGGGACCCGUGGCGGACAUUGCCAGCCCGCUCAGGCACCUGCGGCAGGCCCAGUCCGACAGUCUUGGGACCCGUGGCGCACGUUGCCCGCCCUUUUCCCGACCCCUGCGGUGGGCGCUGCACCCGUGACGACGUCGCCCGACUGUCCUGGCAACAGCGAUGGACCCAGCCCACCAAUCAUGGGACCCGUAGUGGAUGUCGCCCAAUCCAUUCCGGAACACGUGGCGGGGCUGGAUCCGCAAGUCCCAGGAUCCAUGGCGUACGUCACCCACCCGGCCCGGCCCCGGCGCGACAUUCCCGGUCCCUGGGACACGCCGCAAGCCCAAGCCUGCCCAUCCUGGUCCCAGGACCUGUCCCAGUCCCAGGACCUGCGGCAGGCCCAGCCCUCCCAUCCCAGUCCCGGGACCCACGGUGGGCCCAGCCCCGCCUGCCCCGGUCCUGGGUCCAGCGGUGCAUGCCCGGCCCACCCCACCCAUCCCGCUCCCAGGACCCGCGGCAGACAUCGCACGCCCACCCCGGUCCCCGGAUCUGUAGCAAGCCUGUCCCGCCCGUCCAGGAACAGUAGGGGUCCUGCUCGUUCCCACUCCUGGGACCCGCGGCGUACGUCGCCGGCACCCGGUUUCGUGAACUGUGUCGGGCCCUGCCUGGCGGUCAAUGCCCGCUGGCCCCGGUCCGGGGAACUACGGCAGGCCCAACCCACCCAUCCCGGGUAUCCAGUGGCGGACAUCGCACCGCCUGACCCAGGACCCGAGGCGGACACCGCCCGCCCGUCCCGGGGGCAUGUGGCAGACAUUGACUGCCCGCCCUGGACCCGAGGCCCAACCAUCAUGGGACCCCUGGCGGACAUCCCCAACCCAUUGUGGCACACAUGGCUGGCGUGA